ACUGGUGUUUUUCCAGGAUAUCUGGAGCGGGAGGAGGGCUGACUACCCUGAGGCCUGGGAGGAGAAGAUUGUUCCACAUGCAGUAGAGAGCAGGACACAGCAAAAGGAGGCCUGCUCUAAAACACACAGCCUUGAGCAGACCGUCACUCAGGCUCCGGCUCACGACAGGACAUGAUCCAGCUGCUGGCUUUGUUCUUGUGAUUUAGCAUAGUUGGAGAAGCCACUGUGGAGGAAAGAGAGGAUUUCUGUAGUAUUUUCCUCUUAGCCCAGAGGACUCACCAGGACUGCCCUGUGUGUGUUUGUAUGGGCCUGUGGAACCACAGGCAGGCACGGGGCCUGACCUCAGUGCGUUGUUGACGGGAGCUCUGAAUGUUUUAUUGUUCUGAAAAACAAACGAGUGGCUGGGACUUUACACACAGACACAGUGCUAUUAGGACAACAGCAGAUACUAGGCCACUUCAUUAUCACCACGUAGCCAGAGGCCUGAGAGAACAGGAGCCUCACCAGGAUUAUUAUCACUCAACUGGAGUUUGAUCCCUACACAGCAGCAGACUGAGCUCAGAACACGCUACUGUCACAGUACCUGAAUAGGCUUCGGUGUGCAGGAUCCGACUGGCUGACAGCUGGCUGGCAUAAUAUCGAUGACUCCUGCCUACUUGGCACUCAGAUCCAGUGAUCACAGAUGUCUCCUCCUCUAUUUAGGAAUUACAGACAGACAUCUACUACACAUCAACUAAGGAUUUUACUGCUUGGUUUUAUGAGGAUUUUUUUUUAAAUACGUUUUUAGAUCUGUCUUUUUUUAGAGUCAAUGGUUAGCUGGUUGUAUAUUAUCUUUAGUAAGCAUGACUUAAAGUUGGAUUCAAAUAUGGGUUGGGUUGAUUUGAAGGUUUAUUUAUAUCGUUGUUUCAGAGACUGAAGUCAUAUUGUAAGUACUUAGGGUAAGUUUAAGACGGUAGUUUAGAUUUUCCUCAGCCUGCUAAGGCUCCAGACAGCCAAACCAGACAUCGCACGGAUCUAAUCAGGACCUUCUUCAUUCUCAGUCUGGUGUSUCUCACCAUCAGGAGGUGACACCACUUCCUGUCUAUAACUUGAAGGACACUCCUCAGUGGAACAUCAGUGAAGAGCGGCGUUGUCGGUUAUAAAAACUGAGCCAUGUGCACAGAGAGCAGAACUGAGUURAAAGGUGAAACUGCGCUGAGCGGAGAGAGGGAGGAGCCCAGAGAGGGAGAGAGGAAGGGAAAACGAGGUUAAGAGAAGCGAAAGAGGGUAAGAGAAGUUGUAACUCCAGAGAGUGUGACUGUGCAUUCUGGACUCCCCAGUCUCCCAGGCUGAGGUAGGCUGCUGACAGAGGCUGUGGGAUCCUACCCUAGCCCUUUGACUGAAGAGAGACACUCUGGAUGGUUCAUCUGUCCACCAGCUGUCAUCGGACGCUCCAGCAACGUUUGUUUUUCAUUUAAUGUUUUGUUUGUUCCUGGGACAGAGGACAUACCUGUCUCWAAGAACACAGGGUGAACCACCUGCUCUGCGUGUGUCUGGAACUCUGAGCUGUGGUGAAUCUCUGUCUGUGGAUCCCUGUGGGGGAUCUGUUUUUACAUUGUCUCUCUGACGUGUGUCCAUGUGCAGUGGAAUGUUAGCCCGUGCGUGUCCCUGGAGGCGCGAGGACGCUGGACCUGUGAACUGUGAAUGACACACACACUGCUUUAGUGGACCACGUCCCCACACCCAAACACACACUCAAACUCCUGGACCACUGGUAGCUAGCAGAGCCAUGGAGUGUUCGGCUGUGCAGACGGAGACUCCUGGUAUCCAUGACAACAGUGUAGAGUUGACCCUGGAGGAGAGUCCGGUCCUCAUCUCCUCAUUCUGCACCGAGCUACAGCUAGAUAGCGUGGAUGGAGGAGGGGGGUAUGACAUAGUGAAUAACCAGGUGAUACCAACACCGGGGCCACCACCAAACUACAGAUCACACAAUGCCUCACUUCAACAAAGCUGGGAGAUUAACUACCAGGAAGCAGCCAUCUAUCUACAGGAAGGAGAGAACAAUGAUAAGUUCUUCACACAUCCUCGGAAUCCAAAGGCGCUGGCAGCAUACUUGUUUGCUCACAACCACCUGUUCUACAUGAUGGAGCUGCUAACAGGACUCCUACUGAUGGUGCUCUCUCUCUCUGAGGCUCCCGCUGUACCAUCACUACGCCUGGAUGUUUAUGUCCAUGCCACUCUGGAGUUAUUGGCUCUGGUUAUGGUGGCGUUUGAACUCUGCAUGAAGCUGCGCUGGCUCGGCUUCCACACAUUUAUCAGACACAAGAGGACCAUGGUGAAGACGUGUGUGUUGCUGCUCCAGUUUGUGGAGGCCAUAGUGGUUCUGAUCCGGCAGACGUCACACUUGCGUGUGACCAGAGCUCUCAGACCCAUUUUCCUGGUGGACUGCAGAUACUGUGGUGCCGUGCGCAGAAACCUGCGUCAAAUUUUCCAGUCCCUUCCCCCUUUUAUAGAUAUCCUGCUGCUGCUGCUCUUCUUCAUGGUCAUCUUCGCCAUCCUGGGAUUCUGUCUGUUCUCACCUAACACUUCUGAUCCACACUUCAACACUCUGGAGAACAGCAUCGUUAGUCUUUUUGUGCUACUGACCACCGCAAACUUCCCAGACGUGAUGAUGCCAGCAUACUCUAGGAACCGCUGGUCCUGUGUCUUCUUCAUCGUCUACCUUUCCAUUGAACUCUAUUUCAUCAUGAACCUGCUUCUGGCAGUGGUGUUCGAUACGUUUAACGGUGUUGAGAAGAUGAAGUUUAAAUCUCUGAUGCUCCACAAACGCUCGGCUAUCGACCAUGCCUUCCAACUGCUGGUCAGCAGACAGAGGCCAAUGGGUGUGUCUCUGAAGCAGUUUGAUGGUCUAAUGCGUUUCUACAGACCCCGUAUGUCUGCCAGAGACCGCUUCCUCACAUACAAGGCCCUAAACACUGCAGGAGCACCCAUGCUCAGCCUAGAUGACUUCUAUAAAUUCUAUGAAGUAAUUGGCCUCAAAUGGAAGGCACGGCGGAGCGGGGAACACUGGUUUGAUGAUCUUCCACACACUACUUUUCUUAUCUUCAAAGGCAUCAACCUGCUGGUCAAGUCUAAAGCCUUCCAGUACACCAUGUAUGUGGUGGUGGCCGUCAACGGAGUGUGGAUCCUCGUAGAAACCUACAUGUUGAAUAGUGGAUUCUCCUCGUCCAGAAUAGUCCCCUGGAGCUACAUUGUCUUCCUCACCAUCUAUGGGGUGGAGGUGUUGUUGAAGGUAACGGGCAUGGGACCGUUGGCCUACUUCAGCUCCGGCUGGAACCUGUUUGACUUCUCUGUGACGGUGUUUGCCUUUCUGGGCUUGAUUGCCCUAGCCUUCGACAUGGAGCCCUUCUACUURAUUGUGGUGCUCAGACCACUGCAGCUACUCAGGUUGUUUAAGAUAAAGCAGAGGUAUCGUAACGUGUUGGACACCAUGUUUGAACUCUUCCCGAGGAUGGCAAGCUUGGGGCUGACAUUGAUCAUCUUCUACUACUCCUUUGCCAUUGUGGGGAUGGAGUUCUUCGCUGAUGUAGUUUACCCUAACUGCUGCAAUACCAGUACAGUAGCAGAUUCAUACAGGCAGAUCAAUGUAACCAUAGGCAACAGGACGGUGCUGGAUGAGGGCUACUACUAUCUCAACAACUUUGAUAACAUUCUCAGCAGCUUUGUGACUCUGUUUGAGCUGACUGUGGUAAACAACUGGUACAUCACCAUGGAAGGAGUGACCUCCAUGACAACUCACUGGAGCCGCCUCUACUUCAUGACCUUCUACAUUGUCACCAUGGUGGUGAUGACCAUCAUCGUUGCCUUCAUCCUGGAUGCGUUUGUGUUCCGUAUGAACUACAGCCGGAAGAACAAAGAACCACUGUUAGAUCCUGAGGACGAGAACGGUAUAGUGUUUGAGACAGAGGUGAGUCGUGACGAGGCGUUGGCUACUCUGGAGCUUUAUAAGCAGACGUGCCCUGGACUCUCCUCACUCAACUCUCUACAGGGAGUACUGGUGGCCAUGGACCGCAGCGGGAGCUCGUCUCUGGUGUACCUGGGUCGGCGGUCGCGGACCAAGAGUGACCUCAGCAUGAAGAUGUAUGAGGAAGAGAUCCAGGAGUGGUAUGCUGAGUACUCCAGAGAGAACCUACCCCAGUCAGACCGAAGCCUCGUAGAAAGAGAGCUGGAAAUCCCUCCUCCCUGCCCUGACCCUGACCCCCAACCCCAGCUCAACUCACAAGGACCACUUAGUAUUAACUAACACUCACUCACUGUUUCGCUCUCGCUCUCUCUCACACACACACAAACCUCUUUAACUUCAGUCAUCAUGUCACAGAGCACUCUGAACUUGAUGGUGAUUGUCUCCCACAAUGACAAGACAGAGAACCCCUCAAGUCUCUAUGUCUGUCUCCUUCCCUUCUUCCCCCUCCUCCCAUCCUGAGGAAGUGUACUCUUGCAUCUUGGUCAGACAGUUGUGAUGUGGACAGAUGUGAUGGUGUCACUGAACUAGAGCCUGGAUCCUGGACCUGUUGAGAUGCAGCAGGGAUUUCUGUUGAUAUGAAUCAUGUUCUCGAUCUGACUGGAUCUGUGUUCAAACAGGUUUAACAGCUUUAUCUAACCCCAACCCUGACAGGACCUUAGUCUGCUGAUGCAUUGACAGUCGAAGCAGAGCAUAGAUUUAGGUGUUAAAGGGCAGGGUUUUUAAGGGUCAGAGUUAGGCCCUCUAGCUGUGAGACAGAGCUAAUGUUCAAGGCCACUAUCGGAGUACGAGGAGCCACUAGGAUGGACUAGGAAUUUCACACUGCUCUUCUUCACUGCUCUGACCACAGAGAGGACACACGUCUGGACAGUGAAAGGACACAUACCUGUAGGUGAAUACCAGGCUGCCUGUAGAUACAUACAAACUCACAAGAUCCCGCCCCAUCUGACAGCACUAAGCAAAGCCCCCUCAACAGCCACUAUACCCACACCCCACAAACCCCCCCACCCAACACACACCUCAAACCCCUGCACAUGUCUAGUAACCUACAGCUAUCUCCUAGCCAGCGUUUGAACAAACCUAAGAGAAUACUUUACUUUUAUAACUUGUUAUUCUGUAAGUGUAUUAUAAUGUAUUUGGUGUAUUAAAUGAGGAAUCAUUUAAAUACAUUG